AUGGUAUACUGACCGUGGAUAGACAUCGAGGGUCGAUACUGCGGCGCGUCACCACAAGACUCAAGCAUACAGUGCUGUUUGCCAUGCCCGAUACAGCAGUGGAUCUAUCCGACUGGUGCGUUUUCCAUGUUUUUUCCUACUGCAGAAAGCCAGGCCUAGCUGAACACGCACAGAUUGGAUCGAGGACCUGAAGAUUGGCAAUUACCUCGCCGUCAUCUCGACGGUGCUGUGUGUGUUUCUGAUCACCACGAUACUUGUCUUGCCGCCGUCCAGUUAUGCGAUCUCGCCCGCGAGCAUGAGAGGCGCCGCUGUCAAGCACAAGCGAUACACGCACAUUGGGUUGUUGGUCCCCAUACUUCUGAUCUCUCUAGCAUUCUUGAUACCGCUGGGAUCAGACCCGGAUUUGUGCUAUGAUAGCAUAACUCCGAAUCGCCUCCAGGACGACAUGUCCUGUGCCUGGACCGCCAGCCUCCUAGGCGCCGGCGCUCUCGGAGCGACAUUCUGGGUCUUCCUCAAAAUGCUCAACCUGCUCAUCCUCUUCACGAAACAGAGCAAAUCCGUCGACGACAGCCCCAUUCUACGCGUCACCGGCAUCCUCCUCGGCAUCCUCGUGCCCGGCACGCUCCUGACCGUCACCCUAACCGUGACAGGCGCCAGCUACCGCAUCGGCCAGACCUGUCUACCCAACCACGAACACAGCAUUGCCACGCUGUGGUCCUGGCUUCUCGCGUUCUCGGGCGGCUCGCUGGCGUGUUUCUGCGCCACGACGGUGGUCAUUGUGCGCAGACUGCGCAAGUUCAAGAACAUGAAUCGGCGGCAUAUGCGUGAGCGGAGACCGGUGUUGGUCGUGCUCGCUGCGUUUUGGACGCGGUUGUGUGCGUUGUCGGGAUGGAAUCGUGGGGAUACUUCCGCGGGGAGGUUUCCGCAUCCGCAUCCACAUCCUCUUCCGCCGCCGUCACGACAUCACGACACCAAAUCCUUCAUCGAAGACACCAGCACGCACACCCCUCUCACCUCCCCGCAACACCAACAACUACAUGCCCUCCCCGCCUACGGCGGCGGCGACGGCACCUCCCCAACCAAACACAUCUCCCCCAUGCUCCUCAAGCACUACCUCACCAUGCAAUGGCGCAACAUGCUCACCAGCAUCGCCGUCGUCACCCAAGCCAUCUUCUUCACCGUCGUCUUCUGGUCGCAGGACCGCAAACUCGGCAAAAGCGUCUCUCUCGGCGAUGACAGCGCCGAACGCCAGGCCACGGCGCGCUGGAGCAAGUGUCUGGUCGAGAACGUAGGUAGCAGGGAGAGGUGUCUGGCGGAUGCGGCGCAUCUUACCGUCCCGCGUGGGGUCAUCCUGGGCGCGUUCAUUUUGGCUUCGGUGGGUUUUGUUGCGUGCCCUUGCUUUUUUUACACGUCGUUUGUUGCGAACUGUGUAUUGUUAGCUGGCUGGCUGAUUGACUGACUAUCAACGCGCAGAUCUGCGGCAUCCAAGUCUUCGCCCUCGUCUUCCGCGCCAAAAUGCUCGCCGCGUGGGUCCGGUUUUUCGCCAUCAGAUUCCCCGUUUCCAGCACUUCCACCCCUUUAAUUCCCUUUGCCAAAACCCCAUCCCUUUUCACUCCUAUCCCUAUGUCCUCACCCAACUAC